AGGGGAGGACCAAGAGCGGGGCGGAAGAAGAGCGCGGCCAGCUCGUCCUUGCUGACGCCGCGGUCCCCGGCGGGCCGGAGGAACAUGGCCGCUGCGGAGGAGUGAUGCUUCGGAUGCGCAUCGACCGCACCGAGUGAUGAUCGCACAGGCAGCUCUGCAGAUUGUCACCGGGUCCCACCCCCAACGGGGUCACAGAGACGGAUCCCCCUCCGCUGAACCCUAGAGGAGGUGCCGGUGUCCUGAAGUGGGACGGAGGAGGACAAUAUGCAUCAGCAAGCCGCUGUUCUGUCCAGAAGAUGCAACGCUGGCAGACGUCCUCCGAGACAGGCGGCCUCCUCUGAGCUCCCGCCGGUGCCGUUUUAAGGGGAGUGUUUGGGUCUCGUCCCCGGUCCCUUUUCUGGAGGCUGCAGCUGCCCCGCUUGGCUGAAAGUGCAGCCGGACGGAGUCAUGUAUGCGAGGUAGCUGCGGCGCAGGCACAUCAUAUUGUGUCAUUAUUUCUUUUUUAUUUACUUUUUUUCCCAGUGGCAGAGUUUGUGCCUGAAACCUUUCUGGUUCAGGCCGAAUCAUAAAUAUAUAUAUAUUUUAGUUUUACUGCAAUUGUUUUGGAGAAGAGCUCCUCGGGAUGUUUUCAGCACUGAGGAAGCUGGUGGGCUCCGAAGGGGUGCUGCCCAGGGACAAGACCAUCCCUGCUGGCCUGCAGUCCAUGAACCAGAGCCUGCAGAGGCGCUUUGCCAAGGGUGUCCAGUAUAACAUGAAGAUUGUCAUCCGCGGGGACCGCAACACAGGCAAGAGCACCCUAUGGCACCGGCUCCAGGGCAAGAAGUUCCAGGAGGAGUACAUCCCCACCCAGGAGAUCCAGGUCACCAGCAUCCACUGGAACUACAAAACAACCGAUGAUGUGGUCAAGGUGGAGGUAUGGGAUGUGGUGGACAAAGGGCAAAAGUACCCCCUUCCUGAAGGUCUAGGGAAAGGUAAAAAGCGGGGGGAAAGCCUGAAACUGGAAAACGAGCCUCAGGAGUCAGAAGCGGAGAUGGCCCUGGAUGCAGAGUUCCUGGACGUGUACAAGAACUGCAAUGGGGUCAUAAUGAUGUUUGACAUCACAAAGCAAUGGACAUUCAACUACAUCCUGCGAGAGUUGCCCAAGGUGCCCACCCACGUACCCGUGUGCGUCCUAGGCAACCAGCGGGACAUGGGGGAGCACCGGGUCAUCCUGCCCGACGACAUCCGUGACUUCAUCUCGGGCCUCAAUAGACCUCUCGGCUCGUCCUACAUCCACUACGCAGAGUCAUCUAUGAAGAACGGCUUCGGCCUCAAGUAUCUCCACCGCUUCUUCAACAUCCCCUUCCUGCAGCUUCAGAGGGAGACGCUCCUGCGGCAGCUAGAGACCAAUCAGCUGGACAUGGAUGCCACGCUGGAGGAGUUAACAGUGCAGCAGGAGACAGAGGACCAGAACUACGACAUUUUCCUGGAGCGGAUGGAAGCACGCGGCCAGGUGUAUGGCUCCCCAGGCCCCAGCAACGGCCAGAGCCCAUCCUCCGGGUCCCAGUCACCAGUGGUGCCCCCCAGUGGACCCUCCACGGCCACUUCCAGUCCUGGGACACCGCAGCCCCCAGUCCCUGCUCAGAUCCCCUGUCCUCCCCCUCAUCCUACUGUUGCCACAGCGACAGUGCCCUCUGCGUCUCAGACACAGCCUCUACCCCAGCCUCCUGAGCAGAUCGCACCCUCCUCGUCCCCACAGGCCCCGCCCCCUCAGAAGAGAGGUUUCAUGUCACGGCUCUUUGGAACCCCCUCCACGCCAGAAGUUUCACCAGGUAAGCAAGACACAGCCGGUCCAGCUGACACUGUGCCCCAGACCAAGGUGCAGAGCGUGGACGACUUUAUGCCGGACGAGGGCCUGGAUCGCAGCUUCCUGGAGGGUGGUGCCCCGGCGAAGGCCAAGGACAAAGGCCGGCCAGCAUUCACUGUGGAAAGCGACAGCGAUGGAGACGGCAGGGCGGGGAACCCCAUGGUGGCCGGCUUCCAGGACGACCUUCAUCCCGAUGACAAGGCUCCAGCCGGACGCUCAUCUGGUGCCGUGAUUCCAAGCAUGGACGUGGCUCUGUCCAGCGACGAGGAGGACAGACCGUCGGUACCCUCCGCAGCACGAAAUGAUGGGGACAAGCAGAACAGACUGGAUGCCGGACGCUCAUCUGGCAGUUUGGUUACCAAGACGACGGACAGCAAGCCACCAAAGCCCACAGAGAAGCCAGCUUCCACUCAACCACCAAGCCAUGUUAAGAAGAUAGGGGGCGCCACUGAGGGAGAGUCUUCUGACACAGACCUCGAGGCACCUGUGGCCAAGCAGCUGCUGUCCUUUGUCAUGGAUGACCCCGACUUCGAGAGCGAGGGCUCAGACACGCAGAAGAUGAAUAAGGACUUUUUCCCCGUGCGGGACGACCUAUCUGACCUGUCGGAUGACGAACUGCCCCAUCCAUUGGUCCCGUCAGCGGAGCACCCCAAGUCGUCUGUCCUCUCCUUCAAAACCAAGGAUGACGCAGACCUCUUUGGUCUGGGCUUCGAGGACGUGCAGGCCAAGGCCAGGGAGAGCAGCGAGGAGGGUGAGGAUAAGCUAGGCAAACACUUGUCAAAGGAUAAGAAGAAGAAAAAGAAAAGCAAAGAGGAGGAGGAAAAAAGCAGCAAAAGGCGACACAAGCACAAGAAGAAGACGAAGGAGGAGGUCGGUACUGGGGAAGAGAAGGAGAAGAAGAAGAAGAAGUCGAGGAGCAAGAAGGGAACCGAUGUGGACGACCUGGAGACCUUCUUGGCUGGAGGGGAGGGGCAGACAAAGGCCACACCUGGAGAAUACGAGGAGCUGUAGAGUGCUGCUCAUCCAAUCAGGGCUUGAGGUUUGUUGUGAUGGACAUGUGCAAUCUCCACCCAUCAGCGAAUCACUGACAAGCAUGACAUUGCCCCCCCCCCCCC